GAGCAUGGAUAGGAAAUGAAAACAGAGAUGAAACCACUUAGAACAUUUGCAGCAACUGUGAAGUCUUUCAAGAGUCAUGCAAGACAAGAGCCAUGCAGAAUAACAAAUCUUCUCUUCAUUCUCUCUUUGUUCCUCUCUCUUAGCAUCCUCUUUCUCUUCAAGUCUCAUUACUGCUCUUCUCCUUUUGGGAAAUCACAAACACUAAUGAGUGUGCAAGUACCAGUGAAGGUUGUUAAUGAAAGUGAUGAUCCUCCUCUGAUAGAGGAUGAAGAUGAAGAUCAAGAAGAUAAUAACAGAGCUCUAAUCAAUACAAAGUCAGAGAAAACAAAACCAAUAUGCUAUGAAACAAGCAGUAGAUCAGAUACAUGUGAAGUUGAAGGAGAUGUUAGAGUUCAAGCAAGCACCAAUACCAUCUUCUUUCACCCUUGCACUUCAAAACCUCAACAAUGGAGGAUCAAACCAUACACUAGAAAAGGAGACCCUUCAGCUCUCAAACAUGUCAAAGAAUGGACCUUGAAAUCAGUCAUGAAUGUUGAAGAACUUCCUCAGUGCACCAAGACCUUCACAGUCCCUGCAAUGCUCUUUUCCUCCCAAGGCUUCACUGGCAACUUCUUUCAUGAUUUCACUGAUGUUUUAAUCCCACUCUUCAUCAACUCCUAUCAAUUCCAUGGUGAAGUUCAGUUCCUUGUUUCAGAUUUCAUGUCUUGGUGGGUAAAUAAAUUCUCAUUGAUACUCAAACAAUUGUCCAAGCAUGGCAUUGUGAACUUAGAAGGAGAAGAAAAGGCCGUAUUAUGUUACCGGAGAUUGAUCGCCGGACCGAGCUUCCACAAGGAACUAGGCAUUGAUUCAAUGAAAUCUCCAAAUGGUUAUUCUAUACUAGACUUCAAGAAAUUACUUAGACAGGCAUUUGGUUUGAAAAGAGACACUGUUGUGAUCACCAAGAAGCCGAAACUUUUAAUCAUAUCAAGAAAGAAGUCAAGAGAAUUCUUGAAUGAAAAAGAGAUUGCACAAUUAGCAACGAGCUUAGGCUUCGAUGUCGUAAUUGGUGAAGGUCGAUGGGAUAUUACGGUGUCAAAGUUUGCUAAUUUGGUUAACUCCGCCGAUGUGAUGCUUGGAGUUCAUGGAGCCGGGCUUACAAACAUGGUGUUCCUCCCAAAGGACGCCGUAGUAAUUCAAGUCAUUCCUUUUGGGGGUUUGGAGAAAGUGGCAAGGCGAAGCUUCGAGGCGCCAACUAUGGACAUGAAGAUCAAGUACUUGGAUUACGUGAUUCAAGUGAAUGAAAGCUCACUCAUUGAUCAAUACCCGAAAGAUCAUCCAGUGUUGAAAGACCCAAUGUCAGUUCAUAAACAAGGAUGGAUUGCUCUCAGUUCUCUCUAUUUGGUCAAACAAAACAUUAGGAUUGAUUUGCAGAGAUUCAGAAACACUUUGUUAGAAGCUUUCAAGCUAGUUUCGAACAAUUCUUCGAUGAUUCAUACACAAUAGUAAACAGUUGUUAUUCAUUGUAAUCUUUAUUCUUAAAGCAGUGAUUUCUUUGUAAACGUUUCGAGUUUUAUAAUAAUAUUUAUAAUAAAAUGAUGAUGAUCAA